AGAGCCUUCCUGAUGUAUAUAUGCAGGUAGUGAGAGUUGAAUCGGCCCUUUGAGACAGUAAUAUAAUAAAACUCUGAUUUGGGGAGCAGCGGUUCUCCUUAUUUUUCUACUCUCUUGUAGGAAUGAGUUGCCAAGCUUUUACUUCGGCUGAUACCUUUAUACCUCUGAAUUCUGACGCCUCUGCAACUCUGCCUCUGAUAAUGCAUCACAGUGCUGCCGAGUGUCUACCAGUCUCCAACCAAGCCACCAAUGUGAUGUCUACAGUCCCAUCUAUUUUGUCUUUGAUCCAAACUCCUAAAUGUUUGUGCACACAUUUCUCGGUGACAACGUUGGGAAACACAGCAACGGGACUUCACUAUUCUGUUCCUUCCUGUCAUUAUGGAAACCAGCCAUCAACCUAUGGAGUGAUGACAGGUAGUUUAACCCCUUGUCUUUAUAAAUUUCCUGACCACACCUUGAGUCAUGGAUUUCCUCCUAUACACCAGCCCCUCCUGGCAGAGGACCCCACAGCUGCUGAUUUCAAGCAGGAACUCAGGCGGAAAAGUAAACUGGUGGAAGAGCCAAUAGACAUGGAUUCUCCAGAAAUCAGAGAACUUGAAAAGUUUGCCAAUGAAUUUAAAGUGAGAAGAAUUAAGUUAGGAUACACCCAGACAAAUGUUGGGGAGGCCCUGGCAGCUGUGCAUGGCUCUGAAUUCAGUCAAACAACAAUCUGCCGAUUUGAAAAUCUGCAGCUCAGCUUUAAAAAUGCAUGCAAACUGAAAGCAAUAUUAUCCAAAUGGCUGGAGGAAGCUGAGCAAGUAGGAGCUUUGUACAAUGAAAAAGUGGGAGCAAAUGAAAGGAAAAGAAAACGAAGAACAACUAUAAGCAUUGCUGCUAAAGAUGCUCUGGAGAGACACUUUGGAGAACAGAAUAAACCUUCUUCUCAAGAGAUCAUGCGGAUGGCUGAAGAACUGAAUCUAGAGAAAGAAGUAGUAAGAGUUUGGUUUUGCAACCGGAGGCAGAGAGAAAAACGGGUGAAAACAAGUCUGAAUCAGAGUUUAUUUUCUAUUUCUAAGGAACAUCUUGAGUGCAGAUAAGAUUUUUCUAUUGUAUAAUAGCCUUUUUUUUUCCGUUUCAUUCCUUUCUCUUCCUCAACAAAAACAGAAAUUACUUGGUUGACUUAAAAUCAUUUUAUAUCAAUAGCUUUUACAGAAGCUUUACUUUUCCACUUUUUUUUUAAAAAAAGAAACCAACAAUUUAAAUUAUAUUGAUGUUAUUUACUUAAAAUAAUUAUUCUCAGAAGCCACAUUAUCCAUUUUAAGCCAAAUAUAUUAACAGUAAUAAAAUGAUCUCUCUGUCUCUCCCUCUCUCUUUCUCACACACACACAGACAUGAGUAUGGGUUUAUAAGUUCCUUUUCCAAACAUGUUUAUUAGCUUUUUUAACAUUUAAGUCAGUAAUGACACAUAUGUAAAGCACAUCACCAGAAAUAUCCAAUUCAAAAAUUAAUUAACCAAUGUUCUGCUUUCUACCAGCUCUACUAGUUUGUCUGAACUAAAAGUUUUGAACUUAGAGCUGGAGCUGUCUCAUA